AUGUCUGCCACUGCUACCAACACUCAAACCGAAGCCGCACAAUUGCAAUUGAACGCCGGAAGCAUCCGUCAUGCGCUAUCCGACGUGGUCAAGACCGAUGACUGGUCCGACUUCAAGUUCACACCAAUCCGUGAGUCCACUGUCUCACGUGCUAUGACUUCGAGAUACUUCAAGGACCUCGACAAGCACGCAGUCUCCGAUGUCAUCAUCAUCGGUGCUGGUUCUUCGGGUCUCUCUGCUGCGUAUGUGAUCGCCAAGAACAGACCGGACUUGAUCGUGACCAUCAUCGAGGCUAACAACUGUCCUGCAGGUGGGAGUUGGCUGGCCGGUUCGUUGAUGAGUGCGAUGAUCGUCAGAAAGCCAGGUCACUUGUUCUUGGAGGAGCUGGAGAUCCCAUUCGAGGACGAGGGAGACUACGUGGUGGUUAAGCACGCUGCGCUUUUCGCCUCGACUGUGACCUCGAAGGUGUUGCAGUUCCCUAACGUGAAGUUCUUCAACGCUACCGCUGUGGAGGACUUGGUGACCAGACCUGCCGGCCCCAACGGCGAGCUCACCGUCGCCGGUGUGGUGACCAACUGGACGCUGGUGACCCAGGCCCACGACCUGCAGAGCUGUAUGGACCCUAAUGUCAUCGAACUUGCUGGUUACAAGAACGACGGCACCCGUGACGUGAGCAAGAAGCACGGUGUGAUCUUGUCCACCACCGGCCACGACGGUCCAUUCGGCGCUUUCUCCGCCAAGCGUAUCGUGUCGAUCGACAAGAACUCGCAAUUGAAGGGUAUGAAGGGUCUUGACAUGAACAACGCCGAGGCUGACGUGGUCAAGAACUCCGGUAAGUACAAGGGCGUCGACUCGAUGUACUUUGCCGGUAUGGAGGUCGCCGAGUUGGCUGGUUGCAACAGAAUGGGCCCAACUUUCGGCGCCAUGUUGGUCUCCGGUAUCAAGGCUGCCGAGGAGAUCUUGAAGCAUUUUGCCGAGUAG